AUGGCGUAUCGGUGCAGUACGGUCUUCGUCAAAUGGAUCAAUGUCCUCACGCUGGUGUUGGGAGUGGUGCUGCUGGUGACGGCGGGCGUGCUGUACUCGAAGCAGCCCACGGCGUGUCUCGCGUUCAUCCAGACGCCGCUCAUCGUGCUCGGUUCCCUCGUCACCGUCGUAUCGCUGCUGGGCCUGCUAGGCACGGCAUGCACGUCGUCGUUCCUCCUCUGGAUCUACAUGGUGCUUCUAUCCGUCAUCACCCUCGUCUUCCUCGCCUUCACCAUCUUCUCGUUCACAGUCAGCGAGCCCGGGCACGGCACGCCCGUCAACGGCCUUGAGUUCCAGCAGUACUACCUGGACAGCUAUUCCAAGUGGAUGCAGUCUACGCUGCGCAACUCGGGGACGUGGGAGCGCGUGCAGGCGUGCAUGGUGGACGCCGCCUACUGCCAGCAGCUCAACCUGCGCUACCCGGACCUCUCCCAGUACCACGCUGCCCAGCUCUCCCCCACCGAGUCCGGCUGCUGCCGCCCGCCCAUCGAGUGCGGGUACCGGCAGAUGACGGCGACCAUCUUCAUGCAGGAAGCCCCCCCCCACAGCGACAACCCCGACUGCACCAAGUACAGCGCCGUCAACUCCACCAUGUGCUUCGCCUGCGAUUCGUGCAGGGCUGGUGUGGCGGAGUAUGUGAAGACCGAGUGGAUGAAAGUGGCGUAUCUUCUCCUCGCCUUCACCAUCAUCCUCAUGUCCAUCUGUGUGUUCGGCUGCUGCGCCACGUACCACGUGGAGGUGGAGGAAGAAGAGCCGCUUGAACUGGAAAUGCUGGCAAAGCCUUCACGUCACAAGUCCCGUCGCCGGGUGACAUGGGCAUAA